CGACAUUUAGUCAAUAUGGCGGCAGCGUUAACCGACUUUGAGCCGUGGUUAAAUGAUAAAUUAAAAUCAUUAAAAACCGAUGAAGGUGUGUUUGGAUCUUAUAUAUCAGGAAUUUUAGAAGGUGAAGAUACCAUUGACGAAAAAAGAGAUGCUUUAGAGGGUCUUCUGUCUGAAAUUGUGGAGCAUGAUAUAUCAAUCCAUGUCACUGAAAUAUUAGAAAAAUGGGAAUCAAGUCGCCCUUUGGAAGAAGCUCCCAAACCAGCGACAGAUGUAGACAUUCAGUUAACAAAGAUGUUGGAAUCUCAGUCCCUCGCCACUACCACGCGACGAGAAUACACAGAUGAGGAGAAAAAGAUCCGAGAAGCAAUAUUAUCGCAGUAUAGCCAGCUAUCAGACAAUGAGGCUGAUGCAGAAAAUCUGGAAGAAACAGAGAGUCCUGACCUAGUUAAGAACACUAAUGCUUUGGAUGUAGCAGCUGCUGCCAGAGAGCGCCGGGAACAAGCACGGCUUGAUGCACAGCGUAAAAAAGAAAAGGACAAAGAGGAUAGAGAAAAGCAAAAACAACUAAAAGAAGAAAAGAAAGAAAAGCGCAAAACACAAAAGGGAGAGAGGAAGAGGUAGCAACUUCUUAGUUUACAGUGUUGUUAGGGUGCUCCAAAUUAUGUAGUAAUAGAUAAAUCUACUAGAUUAAAAUGUCUUGGAAUUACCUUAUAGUUGUCUUCAUGAAGAAUUGCCUGAGUAUUUGUAAUACAGUUGAGCAGUGGUAACCUAGACUCACUAAUCCAGUGAUCCCUGUAAUCCAGAUAGAUUCAAUCCAGAAUUGCGGAUUUUUUUUGGCUCAUUCAGAUUAGUGAGGCCCUACUGUAUUUACAACUAAAUUGUCUAACCAACAAAUAGUGUUAUGUUAUAGUGGCAUGUCUUACAUGUUUACAUUGUAUUUUACAACAUUAUAAUUCCAAUACAUUUUACUCAUGUAAAAAGUAUGAUUUAUAUUGCAGUCUUACCAAAUUGCAUUUAUGAAAUCGCUGAGAAUGUUGGUAUAAAGUUGAUUAUGAUUAGCUUUAACUGACAUUGAAAAAUGCUUCAACUUACACAUGAGUAUGCAAAGAUUAUCAUUUUAGUAAAUGAUUUAUUUCCUGUCAAGAGUUUGUAUUAAGUCAUUCAUUUUAUAUUAUUUGUAUGAAGAGACCUAUUUCUAAAUGGUUCAUAUGUUGAUAAGAUAACCAGUUAUUUUGUAACUUACAGUAUUUUGCCUUUGUAUUGAAAUAGUGAAACAAUAGAAUAAUUGGAUUGUAGUGCUUUCAUUAUACUUAAUAGUUGUUAUUUAUUAUAUAUAUAUAUAUACAUCAUAAUGAAACAUGUGUAAUAUUUUGUAAUAAAAAUUGCAUUUUGUAAACAA